UUUCUUGAAUUCAAAACAUAGAUAUCAAACAAAAAGAUCGCAUAUUAAGAAAAAUGGAGGCAGGGCGUAAAGCUUCAAGUGAACCUAUAUAUGACGAUAUGGAGCCGGCAAUGGAGUGGGUGAAAGACCAUGCGGCUGACACACUUUUGGUCUAUCUACCAGGUUUUAAAAGGGAGAAAUUGAAAGUACAAGUGACAACAUCAAGACAAUUAAGAAUAAUGGGAGAAGGCAUGCUUAAUGAUAGCAAAAUGGCUCGUUUCCGCAAGGAAAUUCCAAUUCCAUCAAAUUGUGAUGCAAAUGAGAUCUCAGCAAAAUUUGAGAAAGGUAUUCUUUAUGUCAGACAUCCUAAAAUCAUCAUUCAAGAUCCCGUACCGCCCCAACCGAAGCCAUUGUCGCCUGCAAAACCGCCCCAGGAAGCGCCGCAGCCCGUAGCUAAACCGCCAUCUGAAAAGCCGGCAAGCAAAAUGCAACCGAAAAAUAAGGAGUCUGAGCAGAAAAAUAAGCAGCACGAUGAGAUCAAUGAUACUAAAGAGACUGUUACAAGUGAAAAUGUUGAGGAAAUAAAAGGUAAAGAAAAAACAGAAACUUCUGAGGUGACUACCACACAGAACUACUACAGGCAGGCUGCAACAAAUGUGGUUCCAAGAAUUCUAAUUCUUGUGCAAGUUGUGGCGAUUUGGUUGUAUGUUAUGAUAAUGAAAGCAAUUAGGGCCCUUAGAAAAUAACAUAUUUUUAUUAUAACUUUCAUCUUCUUGUAAUCAAUUUGCAUAUUAAUUAAUAAUUCAAUAAAAAAAAUAUUUGGCUAGACAUUCAAAAUAAA